CACGUUGUCCCGGAAGUGUCCACGUGGGUUGCAGGACUCUCUUCUCGCGUGUUUGGAGGCCUCGUCUCUCCAGGAUCGGAUUCUUCACCUCCUUCAUCCUCCUCUCCUCCGUCAUGGCGGUCAGAGCCUCAUUCGAGAAGAACAACGAGAUCGGCUGCUUCGCCAAACUCACCAACACCUACUGCCUGGUGGCGAUCGGGGGUUCCGAGAACUUUUACAGCGUGUUUGAGGGCGAGCUGUCGGAGACCAUCCCGGUGGUCCACGCCUCCAUCGCCGGCUGCCGCAUCAUCGGGAGGAUGUGCGUGGGCAACCGCCACGGCCUGAUAGUCCCCAGCAACGCCACGGACCAGGAGCUGCAGCACAUCCGGAACUGCCUGCCCGACACCGUCCGGAUCCAGCGGGUGGAGGAGCGGCUGUCGGCGCUGGGCAACGUGAUCGCCGCUAACGACUACGUAGCGCUGGUGCACCCCGACAUCGACCGGGAGACGGAGGAGAUCCUGGCCGACUCCCUGCAGGUGGAGGUGUUCCGUCAGACGGUGGCGGAGCAGGUGCUGGUGGGUUCCUACUGCGCCUUCAGUAACCAGGGCGGGCUGGUGCACCCCCGCACCUCGGUGGAGGACCAGGACGAGCUGUCGUCGCUGCUGCAGGUGCCCCUGGUGGCCGGCACGGUGAACCGCGGCAGCGAGGUCAUCGCCGCCGGCAUGGUGGUCAACGACUGGGCGGCCUUCUGCGGCCUGGACACCACCAGCACCGAGGUGUCCGUCAUCGAGAGCGUGUUCCGGCUGGGAGACGCCGCCGCGCCGUCGGCCAUCGCUACCACCAUGAGGGACUCGCUCAUCGACAGCAUGGCGUAGCGACGUAGCUGGAUGAGCUGCUGGACCUGGACCCCUCCCCAAUGACGGACCCCCUCCC